AUGGUCGCCUUUCAGCCUAUAUUCAAGCUGAUGCUUGUCAGCUUGAACCUCGUCGUCUUCCUCGGCCUUCAGACCACAUCUGUCGUCGCUAACAGCCACGAUGGCAGUGCUCCUGUUGACAACGCCAUUCGACGUCAUGCGGCUCGCGCAGGUCGACUAUCAAAGCGCUUCCCUCCUGUCUCUGGCACCAACACGCCUACCCUUAAAAGGAAACAGCGACAUCACCGCUUCGGUCUCACCCCUUCUCAAAUCGAGAAGCUGCUCAACGAAGAAGAGAUUGAGGACAGCAAUCUAUACGUCCCCGCCUCCAACAGCACCAACACCACAUCCACCUCGCACCACGCCCAUCAUCGAACACGGCCUGCCACAGACUCGAAAGAAUCUACUGGCACCGCAUUCUCCAGCUUUGCACUUCCCACCAGCAACUCGACCUCUACCUCCAAUACAACAUCGUCCGCGGCGACGCCCUCCGUCGCACCCACUUCGCAUUCGCAUUCCACAUUCUUGCACAACUCCACCGCUUCUGCCAACUCUUCAGACGCUGAUAACGCUCCCCCCAGCCGAACUGCUUCAAGUAGUAUACCUGCCUCAUCUGCUUCCAAGGACGACAAUGACUCAUCUUCGGACGACACUCAACCCAACCAUACUUCUGUCUCUCGCAGCAGCGACGGCUUGGGCGGUCUCCUCGGCCCUCUACUGAGCCCUUCCUCCACCUCGGCCUCGCAAGCUGCACAGCAGACUUUCGGAAGCCAACAAGGCAGCACUGGAUCAUCCGACGAUGAUGACGACCAAGACUCCACCGGGCAUCCGCCCAGUCGUGCCAGCUCGCCGUCGGCGACAUCUUCAUCUGCGUCGCCUGCUUCCACCUCUUCGCAAGCAAGCAACAACAAUGAUGACGAUGACAGCGACGACACACCAGUCUCGUCCAGCCACAGUACCAAGACAACGCAGCCCGAUUUUUACAGCUUCAGGCCGCAGCCAACAGGUUCUUCCACUCAGGCUGCGCCGUCGUCGUCGACUAGCGAAGGUCUACUGCACGGCAUCUUGCCAGGGCUUGGCCACUUACUCUCAGCCUCGGAUGCUGCUACAGCGACGCCUGCGCCGACGGCUUCGUCUUCCGACUCCAACAAUGGUGGCUCGUCUGCGUCCAACACUGGCGCUGAUGCCGACUAUAACAUUUCGUCGUCUAAAGAUUCUUCCAAUGGUGCGAACCCCAAGGACGGAUCUUCGGACCAGAGCCCGACUAGCAAGAGCAACAGUGCUUCUUCCACCACCACUGCGGAUGGAUCAGCCCCGACCGACAGCGCUGGCGGCAGUGAUGGCACUACAUCUCAGACGAGCACUGUAACCUCCACUGACGAUCGCACUGCAUCUCAGACGAGCACUGCAACCUCCACUGACGAUCGCACUACAUCUCAGACAAGCACUGCAACCUCCACUGACGAUCGCACCGGUUCAUCGAGCACUGUGACGACAAGCCCCACUUCGACGUCGCAAGGUUCAGUCACAGCUCCCACAGGCACCAACACUGGCAAUGGAUCCGACUCGGUCUCCACGGCGGAUCAUCAAUCGUCUUCUGCGUCCAACACUGCCGCGCAUGCCCCGACUUCGACUGCCUCUAACGGCUCUGACUCGGGCAAUGGCUCGGGCUCGGGCUCGGGCUCAGCAUCAGCCUCGCAAAGCGCAACCAACACCACCAACCCUUACUGGUACGCCAACACACGGUCUCUCAACCUCGCGCCCAGCAGCACUUCUUCUGCCGAGCAGCCAAAAGAGACUGCGUCACAGAGCACCGACAGCGACAGUAGCACUGAUACCCACAACCAUCCUGACAGUUCGACCGCUUGGCUUCCUGGUUCGGACAACAACACACCCAGCACUGCGUCGCCACAAGACCUCCCCACCACAAUCGUUCCUUCGGCUGAUUCGUAUGACCAGCCUGACAACACCACUUCCAUCGGUCUUCUGUUCAAGCAAGACAUGAAGUGGACCUGGGUCAUCUCUCAAGCCGACUUGACCGCCCAGAUCUUUGCCUUCAUGCCUGAGCUUGUUGGUCAGGCCGUCAGUCUCGACGCGUCCAAGAUCUCGACUGUCAAACUGGCCAGCUACUCGCCCGAGACCGGUGAUGCUGCUACCACUGGCACGCUCACCACGGCCAGGACGCUGUACAUGGCCUAUGUACCCACAGAGAACGUCGAGGAUAUCCAAGCUAUGGUCUCAAACGUUUCUUCACCGUUCUACACUUCUGCAGCUGCCGGUGCGCCUCAGCAGUUGGCAAGUCAGGUCGAUCCUACCUUCAACAUCCUCAGUGCGGCUGGUCAGGUCGCAGCGAGUGCCCAGCAGAAGUCCACUUCAGGCAGCAGUGAUGGCAAGGAUGAGUCGAAGAUACGCAACAGUCUCAUUGGUGUUGGGUGUGGUCUUGCAGGAUUCUUUGCAAUUGCUGUUGGUGGCUUGCUCUGGCGCAAGCAGCGCAAGGAUAAGGUUGAGGCUGCGGCUAGUGGCAACAACGGUGGUGGCAUCUCGCGUGCGCAUACCAUUCGUUCGUUUAGUGGUGGAUUGCGUGAGACGUGGGCUCCUGAUGCUUUGGAUCAGCACCGAGCGCUUGCUACGGUUGGUCAGAUGCAACAGGUCUGGACACCUCACGACCCGGGAAUGGGUAUGGCGUUUGGGCAUCCAGCACAGCCAAUGCAAUCGCACGCGGAUGGUUUCGGCGGCUACGUCGCAACAGAUCCAUUCCACGAUGCUGCCAACAUCAACGCUGCUGGCGGAUAUGUCAACAUGAACCGCUCAAGUCGAAUGACUGAGCGGUCCACCUACUCGGACGUGAGCCAGAUGACCGAAGCUCAACGCAUCCAGUACGACUACGAAUCUUCUCGUCGUUCCUUCCACUCUACCUCAGACCACUCGAACUCGCAUGGCUCGCACAGCGAACACAGCACCGAAUCCGCUGGCAUGCUCUCCACCUAUCAAGACGAUUACCGUGUCCCCCGACAGCACACAACCAUCCACACCUUCGGUGCUACACCACCACCUCGAUCGAACAGCGUCAACCGAACACGUCGCCGUGGAAGUGUAGCUAGUUCCACCAUCGGUCGUCCUGAGAUGAUGUCCAACUCGGUUCUGCUUUGA